CACAUAGAUUUAAAGGGUCUGCGCUCCUGUCAGUGUUUGUCCACUUGAGGGUUCGUCCCUCUGUGAACGACGUCCCCGCUCCUCGCUCGUUCAUGUGCUCGACCAUCACAAUGGAUUUAUUCUAACGCUCGUGGGACUCGGACAUCUUCACCCUGCUAUGAGUUCCUCUGCGGAGACGCUACCGUCAGCGGGGCAACUUUUCCGUGCGCACCGGUGCCGCUGAGCCGCGCCUCCCUCGGUGGGAAAGUUAACACGCAACCUCACCACGGACAUGGACUCGCGGUGAAGACUCCGGACUUGUCCCACUUUCCUCUCUGCCCCCGAAACCGGUCGUCGAGAUGCAGAAGAGCGUGCGCUACAACGAGGGACACGCGCUGUUUCUGUCGCUGGUCGCGCGUAAAGAGGGAACCAAGCGCGGGUACCUGAGCAAGAAGACGGCCGAGAACAGCCGCUGGCACGAGAAGUUCUUCGCCCUGUACCAGAAUAUACUGUUCUACUUCGAGAACGAGCAGAGCGCGCGACCUGCAGGGAUUUACCUGUUGGAAGGAUGCACCUGCGAGCGCGCGCCGGCGCCCAAGAUGUCCACCACGGGGAGAGAAGCGCUGGAGAAACAGCACUACUUCCUCAUCGUGUUUGGCCACGAUGGACAGAAACCUCUGGAGCUGCGGACAGAUGAGGAGUGUGAGUGUGACGAAUGGGUGGAGGCCAUCCAGCAGGCCAGCUACUCUGACAUCAUCAUCGAACGAGAGGUGCUGAUGCAGAAAUACAUCCACCUCGUGCAGAUAGUGGAGACGGAGAAGGUGGCGGCCAAUCAGCUGCGCACCCAGCUGGAGGAUCAGGACACAGAGAUCGAGAGGCUCAAAUCAGAGAUUGUAGCUCUGAACAAAACCAAGGAGCGAAUGCGGCCUUACCACAUCCAACAUGAAAAUGAAGACCCGGACAUCAAAAAGAUCAAGAAGGUGCAAAGCUUCAUGCGGGGCUGGCUCUGUCGGAGGAAGUGGAAGAUCAUCGUUCAGGAUUACAUCUGCUCCCCUCACGCCGAGAGCAUGAGGAAGAGGAACCAGAUCGUCUUCAACAUGGUGGAGGCAGAGACAGAGUACGUCCACCAACUCUACAUCCUGGUCAACUUUUUCCUAAGACCUCUGAGGAUGGCUGCCAGCUCCAAGAAACCUCCCAUCUGCCACGAUGAUGUCAGCAGCAUCUUCCUCAACAGUGAGACCAUCAUGUUCCUACAUGAGAUUUUCCAUCAAGGCUUGAAGGCGAGGAUAGCAAACUGGCCGACUCUGGUGUUGGCUGACCUAUUUGACAUCCUGCUGCCCAUGCUGAACAUCUACCAGGAGUUCGUGAGGAACCAUCAGUACAGCCUGCAGGUUCUGGCCAACUGUAAGCAGAACAGAGACUUCGACAAGCUCCUGAAACAGUACGAGUCCAACGCCGCCUGUGAGGGAAGGAUGCUUGAGACCUUCCUCACAUAUCCUAUGUUCCAGAUUCCUCGCUACAUCAUCACCCUGCAUGAGCUGCUGGCGCACACACCUCAUGAGCACGUGGAGCGAAAGAGUCUUGAAUUCGCCAAGUCCAAGUUAGAGGAACUGUCCAGAGUGAUGCAUGACGAGGUGAGCGACACAGAGAACAUCAGGAAGAACCUGGCCAUAGAGAGGAUGAUAGUGGAGGGCUGUGACAUCCUGCUGGACACCAGCCAGACCUUCGUCCGGCAGGGCUCCCUGAUCCAGCUGCCGUCGGUGGAGCGAGGAAAGUUGAGUAAGGUCCGUUUGGGUUCCCUCUCCCUGAAGAAGGAAGGGGAGAGGCAGUGUUUCCUCUUUACCAAACACUUCCUGGUCUGCACACGAAGCUCUGGGGGAAAACUGCACCUUCUCAAGCAAGGAGGAGUUCUGUCCCUCAUCGACUGCACGCUCAUAGAGGAAACAGACACCAGUGAUGAGGAGUCUAAAGCUGGCGGUCAGGUGUUUGGUCAGCUGGACUUUAAGCUCGUAGUGGAGCCAUCAGAUUCUGCUUCAUUCACCGUGGUGUUACUGGCGCCAUCGCGUCAGGAGAAGGCGGCUUGGACCAGCGAUAUCAGCCAGUGUAUCGAUAACAUUCGCUGUAAUGGCCUGAUGACCAGUGUGUUUGAGGAGAACUCCAAAGUCACUGUGCCUCAUAUGAUCAAAUCCGAUAUGCGUCUCCAUAAAGAUGAUGUUGACAUUUGCUUCAGCAAGACGCUCAACUCCUGCAAGGUCCCCCAGAUCCGUUACGCCAGCGUGGACCGGCUGCUGGAGAGGCUGACGGACCUGCGCUUCCUCUCAAUAGACUUCCUCAACACCUUCCUGCACACGUACAGGAUCUUCACCACCGCCACGGUGGUCAUGGACAAACUGGCCGACAUCUACAAGAAGCCCUUUUCCUCCAUUCCUAUCAGGUCCUUGGAGCUGUUCUUUGCCACCAACCAGAAUAACAGAGGUGGUGAGCACACAAACGACAAAUCUCCUCGUCUUUGCCGCAAGUUCUCCUCUCCUCCUCCUCUGACCAUCCCGGCCCACACCUCCUCCCCAGUCCGAGUGCGGAAGCUCUCCCUCCACUCCCCCAUCACAGCCAGAGUGGGAGGCCUCGACCUCACCAGUCCCCUGUCAAACUCCAACCACAACCAUUCCCAGUCUGCCACCAGUAGCCCUACGUCUGCACACACCCCGCAGACCCCGACGCCUCUGACCCCGACCCCAACCACCUCCUCUCCUCCUCCACCUCCCUCCUCCACCUCUCCUCCGCCAAACAACUCCAAGUCGCCGCAAGACCAAGUUCCGCCCAUUCUGUCGUCUCCGGACCAGAGUCCCACCCCGUCCGCAGACGGAGAGGAGGUGCCCCGGGUCGACCCUUUCGGUGGGAAACUGCGAAGGAGCAUCCGCAGAGCUGUUCUGGAGUCAGCGUCACUGGAGAAGAUCAUCCCAGAGUCUCCUCAGAGCAGCGAAGCAGGAGACCUGUCUCCAUGUCGCUCUCCUUCAACACCUCGACACCUCCGCUACAGGCAGCCGGGAGUCCAGUCAGGGGAGAACUCACGCUGCUCAGUCUCUCCUGCCUCUGCCUUCGCCAUCGCUACAGCCGCAGCAGGACAUGGCACACCACCAGCGUUCACCAACUCCGAGAGAACUUGUGAUAAAGAGUUCAUCAUCCGCAGAGCUGCGACCAACCGAGUUCUCAACGUGCUGCGCCACUGGGUCUCCAAGCACUCACAGGACUUUGAGAUGAAUGGGGAGCUGAAGAUGUCGGUGAUCUGCCUCCUGGAGGAGGUGCUCAGAGACCAAGACCUUCUGCCGCAGGAGAGGAAAGCCACUGCCAACAUACUAAGUGCCCUCUCUCAAGACGAGCAGGACGACGCCCAGCUGAGGAUAGAGGACAUCUUACAGAUGGCGGACUGUCCGAAGGCAGAGUGUUUCGAGUCGCUCUCAGCGAUGGAGCUGGCUGAACAGAUCACUCUGCUGGAUCACAUUGUCUUCAGGAGCAUCCCCUAUGAAGAGUUCCUCGGUCAGGGCUGGAUGAAGGUUGAUAAGACGGACAGGACGCCGUACAUCAUGAAAACCAGCCAACACUUCAACGACAUGAGCAACCUGGUGGCGUCACAGAUUAUGACCCACACCGACGUGGGCUCCAGGGCCAACUCCAUAGAGAAGUGGGUCGCUGUGGCCGACAUCUGCCGCUGCCUCAACAACUACAACGGAGUGUUGGAGAUCACCUCUGCGCUCAAUCGCAGCGCCAUCUACCGUCUGAAGAAGACCUGGGCCAAAAUCAGCAAACAGACUAAAGCCCUGAUGGACAAACUGCAGAAGACUGUGUCAUCGGAGGGGAGGUUUAAAAACCUGAGGGAAACCCUGAAAAAUUGCAACCCUCCAUGUGUACCGUAUCUGGGAAUGUAUCUAACAGACCUCGCCUUUAUUGAGGAGGGAACGCCCAAUUUCACUGAGGAAGGCCUUGUUAACUUCUCCAAAAUGAGGAUGAUAUCCCACAUCAUCAGAGAGAUCCGACAGUUCCAGCAGACGCCGUACAGAAUAGAGCUUCAAGCCAAGGUGACCCAGUACCUUCUGGAUAAGACUCUGAUCAUGGAUGAAGACACGCUCUAUGACCUCUCGCUGAAGAUCGAGCCCAGACUUCCUGCCUGAGCUGUGGCCAAGAGGGAGCCUGCGAGACCUGCAACCCCCCCCUCCUCCCCCCCAGAGGCUAACACGCCCACAUAACUUCAUCAAUCAAGAGGAAACCAGGACGUUUUUUGAGAGCGUCGCCGAAAAAGGAAAAACAAGAGACUGAUGAUGUGAGAGAUUUCUUAAGCGUCCAGCGUGAGGACAGUCGGGCAGAGCUUCCGACUUUUGCGAGAGGUUUCGAAGCGUCGGGCUUUGCGUGAGGGUUUUGAGAAAAUGACAUGUCGCCGUGUGUGCUCAUCAUUCCUCCGCGUAAAGUGGCGCACUUAGACAUCCCACUUCCUCAGCACUGAGAGUCUGAGAGCAUGGCGUGAAUGAAACACGAUGGAUGUAACGGAGAUGUAGCAUUAUACAGAUAGUGUGACGGAGAGGUGUCCGAGCUUGUGUGUCUGUGCUGUUGUCGGUGGUCUGCUUUUUUUUUCUUUUCGUGCCACGUCCUGGAACAAAGAGCCCCCGGGGAUGCUUUCAGUUCACGAGGGUCACUGUAUACAACUUGCAUGAUUUCAGCUUGGGUUGUAUCUGUGUAAACGGCCUUCAACCUGACCCCUGACCCUUGACCCCUGACCCUGAGCUUAGCAUGCUUCACUCUGCCCCGGGUGACUCUCUACGCCACUAUGCACCCUCAGUGGGCUGGGUGGGUUCAGCAAAACGCCUUUAAGCCUUCAAAGGAAAUGUAGACAGACACCAAAAGGAAAACCAUACAAAUUAUAUCUUUUGAUGAAGCGGCUGUUUUUUUUUCAUUUAUCAAACAAUUAAUUCUCUAUUUAUCUUGAGUCUGGCCUUCUUUAUGAGAACGGAAGCCCUUUUCUUUUUUUAAAUGUCCUCAUGAAUGAUACAAAAUUGAAAACUUUAUCUGUGCCUUCCACUCGGCGGAGGUCAAUUUCUGCUCAAUUGCCAAUUUGCAAUUUGCGUAAAGUUUUGUACAAAUCCUGCUUCGGGGGGGGAAACCUUUGAGGUAAUCAGUAGUUUCACUCGUUCCACUUCCUUUGACAGAAAACAGGUCAUGUAGACUUAUCAGUAGCAUGUUCGUGAAAACUGGUGAUGUCAUUGCAGCGUCUGAUCAUCAGCGAAUAUCGCCCUCUGGUGUUUGAAACCCUGCUAUAACCUCCAUCCACUGACCCAAAGCUUUUUGCUGUGCUUGUGUGCGGUUUGAAUUUGUUUUAUUUUGCCGUUUUGCAAAUUGUCCGACACUGACGUGUUUAGUCAGGUCCCAGUGUUUGAAGUCUUGGAUGUAGGCUGGGACAGUUUUUGCACUCUCUGACAUGUAGCUUUGCUUGAGUGACAGUAUGAUAGUUGUUGACCAUGCUAUUCAUUUCAUCAGAUACUGUAUUUAUAUCACAUUUGCAUAUAGUGACUCCACACAUGUCCUAUGACUGAUGAAGGAAUACUUUGAAUUGUUAUGCUGUGAAUAUUUUUUAUCUUAUUUUGGGUCUCUUGCUUUCAUGUUGAAUUCUAGUUUUGCAUCCCAGGCUCAUGAUUCAGUGAAGAAGAAAAUCUGUUUAACUUUAUUCUAAAGGAGAAAAAAAAUGUCUUAUGAAGUUUUAAAAAAAGAAAUGUAGCAUUUGAAAGUUUUUUCCAUUUAACUGAUAUGAUGAACGUAGUUGUCCUGCAUGCACACAACAUCUGCAUGUUGUGCAUGUCUGACCGGACGCUCCCUGUACCUGCUUCUCUGUGUUGUCUCUGUAGUUGUCAGGAGGUUCUGGUAAAAAGGCAUGAAAACAAUAUUCUGUCCAUCUAACCUGGGAUAUUUGUUUCUUGGUGUACCACAACGCGUCCAGCACAGUGUGUGCACGGAGCUUUCUUCAGAGCAGCUGUCGUCGUGCAGUAGCAGUGUUGGAAGUUUCCUCAGUGAAAACUCCGGAUGGAUGAGAGGAAUCGUUCUCAGGCUUAGCUCGUGGGGAAACUUGUCUUCUGCUCUGCACCCGUAACUGAGAGUCUGUUUUACACACAUGUUUAAGAAGACUGGAUGUUUGUAUUGUAAUAUCAUUUUUGUGUAUUUGUUUGUGUGUUAAUUUAUUGGUUUGCAUUUUUUCACUUGUAGGUGCAGGGGAAAUAAAUUCAA